GGCUGUUAUCUACUUGUGGCGCCAGUAUGGGACAAAGCUUUCUGGAUUCCUGCUCUUCGACGAAUAGUAGUGGACAAGCCUUUUCACAUACCAAACCUAACAGAGAAUUUGAUCGACCUGCAGACAAAUCGGCCUCCACCGGGUGUAGACAACUUAAAGUUGGCGGUUUGGAAGGUUCGGGCUGGGAAAAGCUUAUAGAAGGUUGGAGUAGCGCAGAGGUAAAGCUUCUGGAAUCAUCAUGGAGAGAGUCGACACUUAAGACCUACCGGCAGGCAUGGUCAAGAUGGUGUAACUGGGCUCACAAAAAUAAAGUUUUGGUGGAUAAUCCAGAGGCACACUCAGUGGCGAAGUACCUGUGCCAUCUUUACGAGACUAUACAACUAGCUCCAAAAUCGAUAGCACUUAACAGGUCUGUGGUUGUAAAUUUUUCAAACCCUCUUCGCUCGGAAGAACUCUCAUCUCAUCCGCUAAUAAAAAGAGUUCUAAGAGGCAUAUUCGCCGCUAAUCCGUCUACUAAGAAGCCAAUUACCUGGGAAAUAGAAGAUUUGAUUAAUUAUUUACGCACUUAUGAAGUUAAUAAAAAUAGUAUAUUUGCCGUGUCUAGACACACUUCCAUCCUAUUGCUACUGGCAUCUGGUAGAAGAGUACAUGACUUAACACUAUUGACUAUAAAUGACGGAGCUUUUGAGGACAAGGGGGACUCCCUUAUCUUUUGGCCUAAGUUCGGUUCUAAGACAGACUCAUCAUUCUAUCAGCAGUCUGGCUGGCUGCUUCAAAAGGAAACUGAAAAUGAAGAUUUAAUGCUUGAUUUAGUUUUCUGGGUGAGAACACUAAUUGCUCUGUCGGCAGACCGCAGAAAAAAUGUAGAUAAUUUGUUUAUUACUACAAGGGGUUCGGCGAAAUGCGCAUCACGUUCGGUCAUUGCAGGGUGGAUAAGAACCCUCUUCAAAGAGGCAGGAAUUUCUGCGUCCGCGGGUAAAAAACGGAUAUUUAGGUUUUAGCCGUAGCUUAAACCACACACUUUCAUUGCCUUGCCGACUGGGUCAAUUCAAGGUACUGAUAUAAGAAGGUCACUUGCCGCCCACGCUGCCCGUCCUGUCAAACAAAGACAAACACAGGGUUGUUACAACAACGCCUAGACAACUACCGCAGUCAUGCACCAGGGUGCAGGGUUGCUCAGUGAACAUUGAAAGGGGUAAUCUCAAAUGUGGUUUAAGCUACGGCUAAAACCUAAAUAUCCGUUUUUUACCCUUCGGGGGAAAAACGGUUCUAUUAACAGUG